AUGGAAUGCUUAAAAUCGCCAGCUGAGUAUCAUGAGCGAGAGCUCGCUCAUGUACUCCUCACGGAGUUGCUGGCGUAUCAAUUCGCCAUGCCGGUGCGGUGGUCAGAAACCCAAAGCAUACUCUUCGACGAAGCCAAUGUUGAGAAAUUGGUUGAAUUCGGCCCAUCCCCUACUCUUUUGAACAUGGCAAAGAAGACUCUAGGCCAAUUCAAUCUCGAAUCGGAUGCAGUCAACGGCAUCAAGCGGUCUCUUCUCUCAACUAGUGCUAACUAUGACGAUCUCCGUUACGAUGUCCCCCCAUCCGCGGAACCAGAGACAACGGAAAGACAAAAGCCGGAGAGCAGUCCAGCACCGGUCUCCAAGGUAAACCAACCCGCUUUGGACACGCCUACAGUUCAGGCAGCACCACUUGCGAAAUCAGAUUCUCCAAUACCAGAUAUUUCAAUAACUGCAUUGGAAUCAGUCAAGGCACUCAUUGCCAGUAGCCUAAAGAAAUCGGCCUCAGACAUCAAGCUCGAUGAUAGCAUAAAGGCCGUUUCGGGAGGCAGGUCGAUAGUUCAAAAUGAAAUAAUAGGAGAUAUGCUAGAAGAAUUCGGACCAUUGGCAGAUGACGUCGAGAAUAUACCCCUGAAAGAGCUCGCCUCGACAAUCCAGGGCACAUACGACGGGAAACUGAAAAAGUGCUUGCGCACCAGGAUAGAAAAGAUGAUUGGGUCUAAAAUGCCUGGUUCUUUCGAUCUCAUAUCUGCUAGAUCCUAUUUAAGCGACAAAUGGGGCCUGGCUUCUGGAAGACAAGACGCAAUCCUCUUGAUCGCGCUCGGUCAGCAACCAUCAGCUAGGUUAAAGAAAAACGAAGAUGCCGAGUCAUUCUUUGACAACAUCGCUCAGAGAUAUCUAGACGAUGCUGGGCUAUCCAGGCAAAGAAGCACUACUGCUGCGAAUCCUCAACAGACGAUGCUUGACUCCAAGGUAGUGCAACAGCUUCGUAAGGAACAUUCUCAAUUGAGAAGAAAGAUAGCAGCACUUCUUUCUGAUGAAGAAGAAUCUUCAACAUCUUCAUCUACAAUCGGUGAUUCAGCAGAAAUUCAGGACAAACUCGACACAUACGAGAAGGAAUUAGGCGAAGAUUUCUGUAAUGGCAUCAAGCCAAUUUUCAAGGCUGAUCACCAGCGGUCGUAUGACUCUGUCUGGAAUUGGAGCCAUGUCGACCUUCUUGACGAAUACUACAAGCUUCAAGAGAGUAGUGCAAGUGAGCGCGACCUCGAAUCAGCCAUCAAUGGUCUCAGGAAUAGAGCUAGCAGCAGGCUUGAAAGGGCCAGGCAAUAUCUCCUUAACAAGAGUCGUUCAUCAGAGCAUGGGGGAGUUGAGGGAAUUAAGAGCAUGCUUGAGAAGCUCAGCCCUGAUGCUACAAAUCCCGUCGACAACAAAUUGCAAAGCGUACCGCUCGACUUCCCUUCUUCAAAUCCUAGCCAACAGCCAGAAGAAGAGCUUAAAACAGUCAAAUCCCCUCAUAUACUCCGAAGGAAAGGAGCUUCGUGGAACCCUAACCAACAACUAACGACACUCCUAAAUCAGAACGGCCCCGUCGCACAAAAUAUGUUCGCCGGUAAAGAUGUCCUCCUCACCGGCGCAGGGCCAAAUUCGAUUGGCAUCGUGCUUCUUCAAUCUCUUCUCCAAGGUGGAGCUAGAGUUCUCGUGACGACCACUCGAGCCAUGCCAGAAGCGGGUCCAAUAUAUCAGAACAUAUUCGCGCGUCACGGUGCCAACGGAUCCAGGCUCGUCGUUCUUCCUUGCAACCAGGGAAGCAAGCAGGAUAUAGAGAACCUGAUCACCCAUAUAUACGACCCGGUAAACGGCCUAGGAUGGGAUCUUGACUUCAUCAUCCCGUUUGCGGCACUAGCCGAGAAAGGUCGCGAGAUUGAUAACAUCGAUUCCAAGUCUGAGCUGGCGCAUAGAGCCAUGUUGACGAAUGUUCUAAGGAUCAUGGGCGCCGUCAAGGUUGCCAAGGAAUCGCGCGGCUCUCGGACAAGGCCGGCACAAGUCUUAUUACCCCUUUCUCCAAACCAUGGUACCUUUGGCAAUGAUGGCCUAUAUUCCGAGUCUAAGAUAGGCCUCAUGACAUUAUUGAAUAAGUGGUCCUCGGAGAGCUGGAGCGAUUAUCUUUGCCUCUGUGGUGUCAUUAUCGGCUGGACUCGAGGUACAGGUCUAAUGGCAGCCAACGACGCGAUCGCAGAAGAAAUUGCAAAGCGUGGCGUGACCACGUUCUCAACUGAAGAGAUGGGCAGACUCAUAAUAGGACUCAUGUCUGAUCCUGUGGUGUCAAUCUGCCAGACUGAAUGUCUCCUGGCGGACUUGAGCGGAGGUAUGGGAAGCGAUCCCGAGCUAGCAGCAUUCAUCGCCGAAAUAAGGAAUUCUAUGCGCCAAGAGGAAGAAAUAAGGCGUGCACUCGCUGAUGAACAAGCACUUGACGAGAGUGCUAUCCGAGGCAAGCCCCUUACAGCACCUCAAUCAAACUCAGCGCUACAAGCUCCUCCCUUAGUUGAUCUCGAACUCGGCUUCCCCACACUGCCAGAUUACGACACCAAGAUAAAGCCCUUGAACUCCAAGCUCGACGGUAUGGCUGAUCUGGAAUCGGUUGUGGUAGUGGUCGGCUUCGCUGAAAUUGGACCUUGGGGUAACUCCCGAACAAGAUGGGAGAUGGAACUCAAAGGGGAACUCUCAAUUCAAGGCUGCAUCGAAUUAGCUUGGAUGACCGGGCUCAUAAAACAUAAUCCAAAGCCAACCCCUUCAACCGACGGAGCCCCAGCUGCAUGGAUCGAUACGACCACCGGCGCGCCCGUUCAUGACCACGAGGUAAAGGCCAAAUAUGAGAAGCAGAUCUUAGAGCACGCAGGACUGCGGCUCAUCGAGCCAAGCCCCUUAGACCACCCCAACCGGGACAACAAGCAGUUCCUCCAAGAAGUCAUCGUUCAGCAUGAUCUUGAGCCCUUUACCGCAUCUUUCGAUACGGCCAUGGAUUUCGUACGGGAACACGGAGACAAGGCGGAGAUCAAGCAAAUAACAAAAAGCGACCAAUUCUCCGUACGGAUCAGAAAAGGAGCCACCCUAAUGAUCCCCAAAGCUAGAGUUUUCGAUAGGGUCGUAGGCGGCCAACUGCCGACGGGCUGGGAUCCUACGGUACACGGGCUGCCGCAAGAUCUCUGUGAAAGCGUGGACCGCUGUACGCAGAUGGCUCUAGUAUGCGCCGCCGAGACCUUCCUAUCUGCCGGUAUAACAGACAUAUACGAAUUAUACAAGACGAUCCACAUCUCAGAACUCGCCAACUGCGUAGGCUCAGGUAUGGGCGGUGGCCAAUCUCUGCAAAAGCUGUAUCGCCAGCGAUUCCUCGAUCGGCCGGUGCAAAGCGACAUCCUAGCGGAGGUUUUCAUUAACACAACGGGGGCGUGGCUAAAUAUGCUCCUCAUGUCCUCAGCCGGCCCGACGAGGACUCCCGUUGGCGCCUGCGCCACGGCGCUCGAGUCUCUCAACCAAGGCUACGACCUCAUCACCAGCGGCGCCGCGAAGGUCUGUCUGGUCGGCGGCUUCGACGACAUGACCCAAGACACGUCGGCCGAGUUCGCCAACAUGAAAGCUACGAACAACAGCAUGGCUGACCUCGAACGCGGCCGCGCGCCGCACGAGACCUCUCGCCCGUGUGCUUCCUCCAGGAAAGGGUUUGUCGAGUCGGAAGGCUGCGGCAUGCAACUUCUUACCAGCGCCAAGCUAGCCUUAGAGCUAGGUCUACCCAUCCGCUCCAUCGUCGCACACGUGCAGACCGCGAGCGACGGCACCGGCAGAUCGGUCCCCGCGCCCGGGAAGGGCAUCAUGGUCAACGUGCGCGAAAGCGCGAGUCUUGGCUCGUCCCCACUUCUCGACAUCGACUACCGACGGCGGCUCCUCGAGCACUCGCUAAAAUCAAUACGCGAGCGCCAAGACCUCUUCAAUCCAUCGUCAUCGUCAAACCCCAACGACGACCUCCUCAACGAAACCAAACUAGCCGCGCAGCGCGAAGAAAGAGAAGCCAGGCGCCGCUUCGGCAACGCGUUCUACACGCACGACACGCGCAUCUCGCCGCUCCGAGGCGCGCUCGCGGUUUGGGGCCUGACAGCCGACGACAUCGGCGUCGUCUCGCUGCACGGCACGUCGACGGAACUAAACGAAAAGAACGAAGUGGAAGUGCUGCACCGGCAGCUCUCGCAUCUCGGGCGCACGCCAGGCAACGCCGCGCUGGCCGUGUGCCAGAAGUACCUGACGGGGCACCCGAAGGGCGCGGCGGCGGCCUGGAUGCUGAACGGGUGCUGCCAGAUCCUGGACACGGGCCGCGUGCCGGGGAACCGGAACCUGGACGACGCGGACGCCGCGCUCGCGCCCUGGGAGAACCUGGUUUUCCCGAACCGCGCUGUGAACGUCGGCGCCGGCGAGGUGAAGGCGUUCAGCGUGACGAGCUUCGGGUUCGGGCAGAAGGGCGCGCAGGCGCUGGGCGUGCAUCCCGUGUUCGUGUUCGCGACGGUCGGCGAGGAGGCGUACGAGGAGUAUUGCCGGCUGCGCCAGCGGCGGUACGCCAAGGCGAAGCAGCACUUCCAGAAUACGUUUUACGGGGGCAGUUUGGUCGUGCUGAAGGAUGAUGCGCCGUAUCCUAAGGCUCGACAGCUUGAAGCUUUAACGGACGCAUCUGCGAGGUUUGGGUGA